AUGACCCGCGUACUUUUGACUGGAGGCUCUGGCUUCAUCGCUGCCCACGUUCUUGACAUUCUGCUCGAGCAUGGCCACUCUGUCGUAACCACUGUCCGCUCCCAGGAGAAGGCCAACAAGAUCAAGGAGGCCCACCCCAACGCUUCCGAGAAGCAGCUCUCCUUUGCCAUUGUCGAAGACAUCGCUCAAGAGGGUGCCUUUGACAAGGCUGUCGUGUCAGACCCUCCUUUCGAGGCCGUCAUUCACACUGCUUCUCCCUUCCACUUCAAUGUCACAGACGUCCAGAAGGAGUUGCUCGACCCCGCCGUUAUUGGAACCACCGGUAUCCUGAAGUCGAUCAAGAAGAGUGCACCAUCGGUCAAGCGUGUUGUCAUCACUUCAAGUUUCGCUGCCAUUGUCAACCCCAGCAAGGGCAACUGGCCUGGUCACACCUACUCCGAAGCCGACUUCAACCCUAUCACCCACCAAGAGGCUCUUGAGAACCCUGCUGCAGGAUACCGCGCUAGCAAGACCUUUGCCGAGAAGGCUUCGUGGGACUUCCUUGAGAAGGAGAAGCCCAACUUCACCAUCUCUACCAUGAACCCUCCGCUUGUCCUUGGCCCCAUCGUUCACUACUUGAACUCGCUCGACUCAUUGAACACCAGCAACCAGCGCAUCAGAGACAUCUACCAGGGCAAGGCCAAGGAGCAGAUUCCCGAGACUGGUACCUUCCUGUGGGUCGAUGUCCGCGACCUUGCUCUCUGCCACGUCAAGGCCAUCGAAGUCGAAGCUGCUGCCAACAAGAGAUUCUUCGUUACUGCUGGCCACUUUUCCAACAAGGAGAUCGCUGAGAUUAUCAAGAAGGAAUAUCCUCAGACAAAGGACUUGCCUUCCGAGAGUACUCCUGGCGGCGACUACCCCAAGGACGGCGUGUACAGCUACGACAACAGCAGAACCAAGGAUGUGCUGGGCAUCCAGUUCAAGUCACUUCACGAUUCGAUCAAGGACACUGUCAAGUCUUUCCAGUCGGUCGGUGCAUAG